AUGUCUACGGAAGUGACGCUGUUCGAGUCGUAUGAGCAGGACUUCAAUGGCCUGCUCCUCUCAAUCCAGGGCAAGCUCUCCGCUGCGACGUCGCAGGGAAUAGGCGAGUUCCCCACGCGCGAUCCCCACACCGACGCUGACGAUCGAAUAGAGCAGCGCAAGGCCUCCAUCCGCAGGGCGGAGCUGGAGAUGGACGAGGCGGAUGAUAUGCUGAGCCACCUCGAAGAGCUCUUAUCCCACAUACCCCAAACGCAGCGCAGCAAACCUGCCUACGUCUCGCGCGUUCGCGCAGCCAAAGCUACUCUCACUGCUUGCAAGAAGCAAUCUCGCGACCUCUACCACAGCGCUACGCGAGCCGAGCUGCUGCAGCGAAAUGAUCAGUGGUCUACUGCCGAGCCGGACGAGCGCACACGUCUGCUGGCAGGACAUCAGACGCUCGAGGAGGGCAGCGCGAGGCUUGAAGACUCCACUAGGGUGGCGCUCAGGACGGAAGAAGUGGGCGCGGAGAUCUUGAGAAACCUGCGGGGCCAGAGAGAGCAGAUUGUACACGCGAGUGACACGCUUCAUACAGCGGACACCAACAUCGAUCGCUCCUCAGGGAUUAUGAAGAGGAUGAUUCGGCAAAUGUACAGGCAGCGCGUCAUAUUCGCCCUCAUCGGCGUAUUCUUCCUCGCCCUGAUCAGUAUCAUUCUCUACUUUAAGCUGCGUCGGUAAAAGCCCAAGUCUACACACCGCGGCUCUUUCCAUGGACCUCCGAUCCGCCUUGUAUCCUUACCACCCGUCUAACCUCCUCCGCUUUCGUUCAUCCUCUUGCUUUUGCCACCCUUGCACAUGCAUCCCUUGUUAUACUUAUUGGAUACUAAUUAUUGUCGCAUACACACACAAAUUCUUACGGACUUGCCAAC